GAAACAGGUCUCACACUGGGUUCUCUUGUUAAACAUUGGUCGCGUGUGUUGGACUCUUGUCCUCCUCCUCCUUCUUACCUGUCCGGUAAGUCGGCUGCUUGUGAAACUUCACCGGAAACUGAAGAAAAACAUGAGACGAGUUCAGCGUCACGUUUACAGAAGUUUUACAGCUUGAAGAGAAGAAGAAGAAGAAGAAGAAGAAGAAGUAGAAGAAGAAGAAGUAGAAAAGGAGGAGGAGGAGGAGGAGGAGAAGAAGAAGAAGAAGAAGAAGAAGAAGAAGAAGAAGAUGAAGCUGUUCUCCUUCCUGCGCUCAGGUAGAGAGCCUCCUGCUGAGAACAUCCACAUCUCCUCUCUGCCUCCCAGCGUUCCCACAGAUCCGGAGCCACAACAAACUGGAGGGCAAGGUGAGGUGGAGGUGUUGGAGGAGAAGGCAGUGAUCCAGACCACACACACACACAGCGGCUCGGCUCCCUCCGUCUUCCUCCAGAAACAAGACAAUGAUCCUGUUUCUGGUACUUACUUUGACCAGAGGGUCCCUGUUCCCGAGGAGGACGGCGAGACGUGCUUCAGCCUCCGGAAGCUGUGGGCCUUCACCGGGCCGGGCUUUCUGAUGAGCAUAGCCUACCUGGACCCAGGUAACAUCGAGUCCGACCUGCAGUCUGGAGCUAAAGCCGGCUUCAAGCUCCUCUGGGUGCUGCUUGGAGCCACCAUCAUCGGCCUGCUGCUGCAGCGGCUGGCGGCUCGGCUGGGCGUCGUCACCGGGAUGCACCUGGCUGAAGUCUGCAACCGGCAGUACCGCACGGUGCCUCGUAUCAUCCUGUGGCUGAUGGUGGAGCUGGCGAUCAUCGGCUCUGACAUGCAGGAGGUCAUCGGCUGUGCCAUCGCCCUCAACCUGCUCUCUUCCAACAGGAUCCCUUUGUGGGGCGGCGUCCUCGUCACCGUCAUCGACACCUUCUUCUUCCUCUUCUUGGACAAGUACGGCCUGAGGAAGCUGGAAGCCUUCUUUGGUUUGCUCAUCACCAUCAUGGCCAUCACCUUUGGAUAUGAGUAUGUGAGGGUGAGUCCGGACCAGGGCGAGCUGCUGAAGGGGAUGUUCGUGCCGUACUGCGAGGGCUGCGGGCCCGCUCAGCUGACCCAGGCCGUCGGCAUCGUUGGAGCCGUCAUCAUGCCUCACAACAUCUACCUCCACUCUGCUCUCGUCAAGUCUCGAGAAGUGGAUCGGUCGAACAGGAAAGCUGUAAAAGAGGCCAACAAGUACUUCUUCAUCGAGGCGUCCAUGGCGCUGUUUGUCUCUUUCCUCAUCAACGUGUUCGUGGUGGCUGUUUUCGCCGAGGCGUUCUACGGACAGACAAACGAGGAGGUGUACAACUCCUGCAAUCAAACCAGAAGUCCUCAUUUGGAUCUGUUUCCUCUGAACAAUGAGACUCUGCAGGUGGACAUCUACAAAGGGGGAGUGGUGCUGGGCUGCUUCUUCGGCCCGGCAGCUCUCUACAUCUGGGCCGUGGGGAUCCUUGCAGCUGGUCAGAGCUCCACCAUGACUGGAACGUACUCCGGUCAGUUCGUCAUGGAGGGUUUCUUGAACCUGCGCUGGUCGCGUUUCGCUCGGGUGUUGUUGACCCGCUCCCUCGCCAUCACUCCCACGCUGCUGGUCGCCAUCUUCCAGGACAUACAGCACCUGACGGGCAUGAACGACUUCCUCAACGUGCUGCAGAGCAUGCAGCUGCCGUUUGCCCUCAUUCCCAUCCUCACGUUCACCAGUUUACCGUCUCUCAUGAAUGAGUUUGCGAAUGGAUUAGUGUAUAAGAUCGGAGGAGGAGUGGUGGUCCUGCUCGUGUGCGCCAUCAACAUGUACUUCGUGGUUGUGUACGUGGCCGCGCUCCAAAGUGUGUGGCUGUAUGUGCUGGCGGCGUUCCUCUCCAUAGCAUACCUGACAUUCGUGGGAUAUUUGGCCUGGUUGUGUCUGAUCGCUCUGGGUGUCUCCUGCCUGGAUCCGACCACGGGGAGAGCGAACGACACGACCAUCCUGAUCGAGCAGCAGCCGGAGUUCGACUCCUGAAUCAAACGCGUGUCCGAGUGUGACGUUCAUUUCAGAAAAGGUGCAGCUGUGAGCGGCCCUCCUCGACUGACCUGUGGUUUUUUAUUUCAGUCACAAACAAUUCAGUACAGUUUGACUUGGUGACAUGUUUACAGGUGUGAGGACAGUUUUUACACAUUAAUUUCACAGAAUGAGACGGAAGACAAAAAGACUGUUGGUGUUUCUGCAUCAUAUUGCAUUAUAUUAGUAUUUCCCAGCAGUCUUUAAGUAUUUUUAAACUCUAUAUUUAGAUGUUUUUGGUGUGUAAAUGAUGAAUAUUUAUUAAGCCUGUCAGUGACCAAAAAAAGCACUUUUAGUGGACGUCAGAGUUGCCACGAGGAAAAUUAUGUUGCAGUCUUUGCAGCAGUAAGUAUGAAUCAUUUACACACCAAAACAUUCAAAUGCAGGACCGAGGAUCGUUCUAGCUAACCAAUAAUUAAUACAUUUGUUUUUACAUUUUUCCUAAAAAUCCACACGUCUCGUAUGAGAGGAUGAGUUUGAAACCACUGACAGAACAAUCUCACUUUUAGAUCAUGGCAGCCUGCAAGCGAGGAGGAUAUUUAAGAUCAAUUAAAAGCUGGAGUUUAAUUUCCCAGUGAAGUCUUGGUCAGUUUUGAGGAAACUGAACUCGGCGUUGUUGCAGAUACUGUGCCGUAUCCGUGCAGUCUUUCUUUCGGCCACAGGGAGGCAGCACGGGGCCACAGAGGCCUCCUUCCUCAGCUACAGUAAAAAAAAAA